UUCUGUUCCUGAGUUCUCAUCAGCAACCUACUCAUUUACUUCGUGGAAAGUCAUGUUUUCCUCGCUAAAUCAAAUCACGGCGUUUGUCGUCAUCAUCGGCCUCUUUGCUGUGGGUCGAUGUGACGUCAUAUUCGAAGGGUUUGAACAGUUGGGUGAAUUCAAGGUUCGGGACUAUAGUUGCAAUGGCCUGGCACCGUCCAACCCAAAGGAAAUAGACACUAAAUUUUGGUUGUAUAACCCUAACACUGACGCAGCGGGAGAGAUGGUUGACUGGAUUGGCAGCGAGCCCAUAUCGCCAAACUACGAUCCCAAUUUGAAGACGGUGUUCGCGUGCCACGGAUGGCGAGACAGUUACCUGAAAGACCUCUGGCAGGAUCUGAAGGAUUCGCUUCUACAGAGGGAGCCAAUGAACGUUAUCUUAGUGGAUUGGAGUGGAGGAUCAUCAAGUCUACUGUACUAUAGAUGUCGUGACAACACUCGAGUUGUCGGCAGGGAAAUUUCUGCGUUGAUCAAACGAUUCGUCAACGAAGCUGGCGCCAAUUUAGACAACAUUCACGUCGUUGGCCACAGUCUGGGAGCGCACAUCGCAGGUUACGCUGGCGAGGAUCUCGCCAAAGCUAACAUGAUACUUGGAAGAAUAACAGGAUUGGAUCCUGCAGGUCCUCUGUUCGAGAAUGAGGAACCUCCAUGUAGGCUGAGUAGAGACGAUGCUGGGUUUGUGGAUGUGAUACACACCGACGGUGACAAAAUUGGUCUUGGAGGCGCCGGAUUGAUGCAAGAGUGCGGGCACCAUGACUGGUAUCCGAAUGGCGGGAAGGACCAACCAGGAUGCCCAGCUUUUGACGUCGCUUGCGACCACAUGAAAGCCGUCGAAUAUUUCAUCGACAGCGUGAAAGGGGUCAAGACAUUCCUGGGCGAUAAAUUCGCCAAUACCGUCAAUGAUUUGCUGAACCGCCCAGCCAAGUGCUUCACCGAUGGGACUUGCCCGGAAAUGGGCUACACCGAUCACGACGACGCCACCAUCGAGGGCCACGACUUCAUGUAAAGGUCACACGAGAAUCCUUGAUGUUGAUGGGACGAUUAUCUUCAGAAUGGAACCUCGUGGAUAUACACAGCAAAAACUGUGGUGUUAACCGGUGU